AUGUAUUCAUCUUAGACAAUAAACCCACAUCUUUAAUGUAAAAAUUAUUAUAAUUAAUCUUUUAGAAAGUUGUGAAUUACAAAGUUUAAUGCAUUUCCACAUCGUAAUUAGGUUGGGCUUUAAUCAUUAUAAUACAUUAGCUAUCUAAAUUUAGAAUUGGUUUGAAUUUAAGUAUAUUUGAGAAUUAUAUUUAGACUUUUUAAAGCCAACAUUUUGAAUGUCAAACUUUUUCAAUUGGAUUAAAUUAUGGA